AUGCAGAGAACUGGAGUCAGCGCUUCUCUUCCCACCUUCCUGCUGCUGCUGCUCCUGAUAGCUGCCAGUCAGUGCUCCCUGGUGGGCUCCGUCUGCCCUGCGCAGUGCGUGUGCGAAACGCGGCCCUGGUUCAUGCCGCAGUCCGUCUACCAGCAAGCGAAAGCCGUGGACUGUAACGAGCUCCACCUGAGCGGCGUUCCCUGGAACAUUUCGGCAGACACGCAAGUGCUGCUGCUGCAGAGCAACAACAUCUCCUCCGUGACGUUGGAGCUGCAGAGCCUGGUGAACCUGACCGAACUGGACCUCUCGCAGAACCACUUCACCACCAUCAAGGAUGUGGGCCUGAGCCCGCUGACGCAGCUGGUGACGCUGUACCUCGAGGAAAACCAACUGAAAGAGCUGCCGGAUUACAGUCUCAAGGAGCUGGUGAACCUGGAGGAGUUGUACGUCAACCACAAUCAGAUAUCCUCCAUCGGCCCCAAGGCCUUCUCUGGUCUGGUGAACCUGCUCAGGCUUCAUCUCAACUCCAACAAGCUGAUGGCUAUCGACAGCCAGUGGUUUGAAUCGCUCCCCAACUUGGAGAUCCUGAUGAUCGGGGAAAACCCCAUCGUAGGCUUGAAGGACCUGAGCUUCCAUCCGUUGUCGAAGCUGCACAGCCUGGUGCUGGCCGGCAUGGGGCUCAGGGAUGUCCCUCCCAGGGCGUUCGAAGGUCUGGAACACCUCGAAAGCCUCUCAUUUUUCAACAACAAGCUGAAGGCGGUGCCCAAGGAGGCCUUGGGCGUCUUGCCGAAUCUCAAGUUCCUCGACCUGAACAAGAAUCCCAUCACACGCGUGCAGGAAGGGGACUUCCGCGACUUCCCCCAUCUGGAGGAGCUGAGCCUCAACAACAUGGAGGACCUGGUCGCCGUGGAGAGAGGGGCGUUCGUAAACCUCCCCGAGAUGGCCAAGCUCGAGCUGUGCAACAACCCGCACCUGUCCUACAUUGACCGCAGUGCUUUCCUGGACGUGGACAGCCUCCGCACCCUACUGAUCCACAGCAACGACAUCAGUUUAUUACCGCAUGAGAUUUUGAACGCUUUCCCCAACCUGGACGAGAUCAGCCUGCACAGCAACCCCCUCAGGUGCGACUGCUUGUCCAACUGGGGGCCGGUCCUGGGCAACCAGUCCUCGCUCAAGCUGGUGGAGUCUCAAAUCACCCAAUGUGCCUACCCACCCCAUCUGACCGGGCGCUCGCUGCAGGAGGUGGUCAGCACCAACUGGAACGUGGUGAGCAACACCUGCCUCCCGCAGAUCUCCCUCCAUACCUUCCCCCCACAGCUCAACGUGUCGGCCGGUGAACCCCUGACCUUGGAGUGCUGGGCCUUCGCCGACCCGGCCCCGCAGUUCUACUGGGUGACCCCCACGGGAGACAAGGUGACCUCAGAGGUCAACGCUCCGCAGCCGAUGAUUAAUGGCAGUAGUAGCAGCACCAGGAGGCAUCGCCUGCAAGACCAGGGAGCGUUGGAGAUCCUCCAUGUUCAGCCGGAGGACGCUGGCCUCUACACGUGCGUUGCCUGGAACACAGAAGGAGCCGACACACGGAGCGUCCUGGUGUUCGUCGAGAGGCGCGACGGGGGCGGCAGAUGGCGCAGCUUUGGCGGCCUGGGCCGUGGCAACACCACCGGGGCCCUGGUGGUGCUCGCCAAGAUCGUCCACGCCCAGUCCGUGGUGCUGGAGUGGAAGCUGAACUCCCAGGCCUCGCACCUCGGCCACGAGGCGCCGCAGCCCAAGUGGGUCAGCGCCACCAUGAAGAUCGACAACCCACACAUUAGCUACUCCACCAAAGUGCCCGUGGACGUCCAGGAGUACAACCUCACCCACCUGCUGCCCUCCACGCAGUACCGCGUGUGUCUGACCAUGGCGGCCAUGGAGAUCCAGACGCAGCACUCCUGCAUCAACAUCACCACCAAGGAGGCCAGCUUCGCCGUGGAGAUGGUGGCGCAGCCGGCCAACGUGGCGCUGGCGGCCGUCAUGGGCUCCAUGUUCGCCAUCUGCAUCAUGGCGCUGCUGGUGGUCUACAUGGGCCGGCGCAUGAAGCAGAAGUCCUGCCACCACUCGCUGAAGAAGUACAUGCAGCACGCCACCUCCAUCCCGCUCAACGAGCUCUACCCGCCGCUCAUCAACCUGUGGGAGAACGAGGCGGAGAAGGAGAAGGAGGGCUCGGUCGACGCACAGAACUCGCAGAUAGACACCUCCAAGACGUACAUGUGGUAA